AUGGCGGCUGUGAGGGGAGGAGGAGGAGGAGGAAGAAGAGUCGCCGGGACCUCCCCCGCCGCCGCUGGCGCCUCCUCAGCCGGGCCCGGAGCCUGCGGGUGCCAGGGACGCCGCUCCUGCCUGCUUUGCGAGGAGGCCGCCCCGCCCCCGCAGAAAAAAGAGAACUUUGUUUACUGCCCACUAACUGGCUUGGCUGUAGGAGAAAGGCCAUCGGGAUUUGCAGGCUGGGCCUUUCCAUUUCCAGGGGUUUUUUUGCUUGAUGACUUCAUAAGCCUAGAGGAGGAAAGCAAGAUAGUGGAGCUGACGGAUCAAAACGCUUGGAAGCCGUCGCAAUCUGGCCGAAGAAAGCAGGAUUAUGGUCCCAAAGUCAACUUCAAGAAGCAGAAGUUGAAAGUGACUGAUUUUUCCGGCUUGCCCCAGUUCAGCCAGGAGCUUGUGACACGCAUGAGAAACCAUCCCUCCCUGGCAGGCUUCCUUCCUGUGGAGCAGUGCAACUUGGAUUAUGACCCCGCGAGAGGAUCUGCCAUUGACCCUCACUUGGAUGACUGUUGGCUUUGGGGUGAGCGCCUAGUGAGUUUGAACUUGCUGUCAAGCACCGUGCUUUCCAUGUCUUGUGAUUCUGAGGACGGCAUCCAGUUAUUCCCUGCCUUCCCUAGCACAGAGGAGCAGAUGCAUGGCUCUGCAUCACUCUCUGUCUCUCAGAACCAUCAUCAACCAAUCAGUUUUGCUUCUGCAGAAGGACUCAGGAACACUAUCCAAUGGGAAGCGGACUGCUGUUCUUCCACAAAGGUGGUUCCAUCCAAAGACAUUACCGUUGGUGUUCACUUGCCUCGGAGAUCACUGGUGGUUCUAUAUGGACCCGCUCGCUACAUGUGGAACCACGCCAUUUAUCGAAACCAUAUCACAAGCCGCCGGAUCUGCAUCACCUUCAGAGAGCUGUCUGAGGAAUUCAGUCAUGGAGGAGAGCAGGAAGAACUGGGUAGAAAACUGCUGGAAAUUGCUCUAACGUUCCAGGGAACACCCGUGUAGGCAUGUGAGAGAAAGAAUUACGACCCUUAUUUGUUUGAUUAACUGGAAAUUAGAGUGUUAAACUUUAAUGAACUCAUACAUUAGCUGGCAUUUUUUCUUCACUUAAUGUACACAUUGAUCAAGUAAAACAUAUCCUGAUGAUUA